AUGCCGUCACAAGAGAUUGGACUCCCCAUUCCAAACAUUCCACAUGCCGUUUCUGUAACUUUACCUACAUGGGAAGCCACUGUUGGGUAUGAAGAAGGAGAAGAAUGGGUGACAUCAAAGAUGAACUCGGGAUACCCACGAUUUUUUAUCCACACAACAAUUAAACAAUUGUGUCAGAAAUUAGAAGAGAAAUAUGGUAGACAAGGUGAGAAAUGUAUGGUUUUCCCCAGCUAUAAAGUUGCAAAGAGGUGUCGAGAAUUUAUCAAAAAUCGUUCAUCUUCCAAAGUCAGAGUGCUUCAAUUGAGUACACCAGAGCCAGUAAACGAGACUGAGAAAUCAACAAAAGUUGGUACUAGUAUUGGUGUUGUGUUUUUCCAGGAACAAGAUUAUGCUUUAGCCAAGAGUUAUUGGCAACAUUCGGGAGAAGUACUUAGUUCACGGAUGGCAGAGUAUAUUGUUAGGGAACUCUUUAUUGGUCCUCGCAGUAUUACCAAGCUGGAGUUGCAAGCACAAAAGAUCCAAUCUAGAUCACCAUCAAUUUUGGCGAGCAGGAGGAGUUCUGGUGCUGGGUCGAAUAACGUUGAAGAUGUAGAGAAAGAAUUUAAUACUUUUAUCGAGCAAAAAUACGGACGUGUAUUGGAUUUGAAAUUUUGCAAGGAAGCCAAGCGAGCAUUAAGAAGACGUAUAUGUGGUAAAGUUGACAAGAGUCGAAACCAAAUCGAGGAGAUUGAAAAGUCAAGAAGAGGAAAGCAUCUUAGUGAGCUGGAUGUAUAUUUAUUCCCCUCGGGAAUGGCCUCGAUAUUCUAUGCACACUAUGCAUUGCUCAAUAUUGGUCCAGCCAAAAAAUCAGUUUGUUUCGGUUUCCCAUAUGUUGAUACAUUGAAUAUUUUGAAAAAAUUUGGACCUGGAGUCGAGUUUCUUGGCUUGGGUGACGAUGAAUCUUUGCAAAAUUUAGAAACUCAAUUAGCACAAGGGUUGGAUAUAAUGGCGUUGUUUUGUGAGUGUCCUUCGAAUCCGUUGUUGAAGACACCAAAUUUGAAAAAAAUACGUGAAUUGGCAGAUCAGUAUGAUUUUGUUGUUGUUGUUGAUGAAACAGUUGGUAAUUUUCUCAACAUCCAUGUUUUGCCAUAUGCAGAUAUGGUGGCAUCUUCAUUGACCAAGGUGUUUUCUGGGGAUUCAAACGUUAUGGCUGGAUCAUUAGUGCUAAACCCCUUAUCCAAACACUAUCAAAAAUUAAAGCAAUUUUUCAACAAUGAUUAUGAAGACUUGUUUUGGGCCGAGGAUGCGUUAUGGUUAGAAAGAAAUUCUAGAGAUUUUGUUGAGAGAGUCCACAAGAUUGAUGAUACUUCGGCAAGAGUUGUACAGCUUCUCGAAUCAAAUCCCAAGAUUGCCCAAGUAUACUACCCCAGCAGUAGCCCGACCAAGAAGUACUAUGACGAGAUCAAAAACCCUAGUGGUGGCUAUGGAGGAUUAAUUUCAUUCCUUUUCAAGAAACCAGAAGAUGCAGUCAAAUUUUUUAAUGCAGUAGACUUACAUAAGGGACCCUCUUUGGGAACAAACUUUACAUUGGCAUGUCCAUAUGCAGUGCUUGCACAUUAUCAAGAAUUGGAUGAAAUUGAGCAAUGGGGAGUAGAUCGGAAUCUAAUUAGAAUCAGUAUUGGGUUAGAGGAUCCUGAUGACUUGCUACAGGUUCUAAACAAUGCUCUUGAAUAG